UCUGGCACGGGAGUGAGUCAGGGACAGGGGAGCCCCCCGAGGAGCUGCCAGGAGCUCCUACUGUGGAGGAGAUCCAGAAGCGCCUUGGAGAACGUCCCUUUGAAGACAGCACUCGCAGAACCACCGAGAUCUCCCUGCUGGGUUAUUAGCGCCAAGAGAGAGACGGGGUGUGUGUGACAGAGAGACAGACGGACGGAGUGUGUGAGAGAGACAGACAGACGGCAACAGUGCCCAAAGACAAUGUGUGCUAGGCGCGGGGCAGCGGGCAAGGGGGUGGGCGUGAGUGCGUUGGGAACGAGCGUUUCCCCUUGGGGUGUGAGCCGAGCCCAGCAGCCCCAGAGCCCCGUCUGCUCGGCCAGAGCUCAACUCCAUGCACUUCUCCCUCCCCGGAGGGGCAGGAACUCAGCGAGUUCACAUCAGAGCCGUCGCUGGUGGAGUUUCCGACACAGGAAAAAAACAAAGGAAUAGCACGUAGCGGAAAGAGCUGCCUUUGCCGUGACAGGAGCAGAGCAGGGACAUGGAGUACGAGGCCAAGAAGGGGAAGAAGGGGUUUGUGUCUCCCAUCAAGCGGCUGGUUUUCCCCAAGGCGGCUCGCAGGCAGGCGCUCAGGAGCAGUGUCUACCGGAGGCCUCUGCAUUCUGUCCCUCUCUACCCCCCUGAUUAUCUCAUAGAUCCCCAAAUACUGCUGCACGACUACGUGGAGAAGGAGGUGAAGUUUUUAGGCCACCUGACCUGGGUGACGUCCUCCUUGAACCCCUCCAGCCGGGAUGAGCUGCUGCAGCUCCUGGACACAGCCCGGCUGAAGGAACUGCCCCUCCAGACAACCCCGGAGCAGGACAGCAUCCUGAGCCUGUCGGCCCGCUGCCUCCUUCUCACCUGGAGAGACAAUGAGGAGCUCAUCCUGAGGAUCCCCACCCAUGAGAUCGCUGCCGCCUCCUACCUGCGGGAUGAUGCCCUGCACCUCCUGGUGCUGAAAACAGGCCUAGGAGUUGACCCCGUUCCUGCAGGGGGCAACCUGGACAUGUACCCAGCGGGCAGUCUGGAGAAAAAGCUCCCUGGAGGGGCAGCUGAGAAGAGGCAGGCUGGGAUCUGCCUGGAGCCCAAGCAGCUGGGGGGCACCAUGGAGCGCCGGCACACCAUCUGCAGCCUGGACUGGAAGAUGGCCCGGGGCGGGCAGGAGGGCAGACAGGGCGGGGGAGGCAGCCUGGAGAGGAAGCAGGCCAGUGGCAGCUGGGAGAAGAGGCACAGCAGCCGGGCGGGUGGGAGCUGGGAGCGGAGACAGACCUAUAGUGGCAGCUGGGAGCGGAGGCAGCUGGGCAAGGCUGGGGGCAGCUGGGAGCGGAGACAGACCUACAGUGGCAGCUGGGAGAGGGGUAAGACCUAUGGCAGCUGGGAGAGGAGGCACACAGGGAAUAACCCACUGGAUCCCAAGGAGCCCAGCCCUGAGGCGUAUUGCAACCUCAUCAUCCUGGCCGUGGCCAACAGGGAUGCAGCUGAAGAAUCCUGUGCCCUCAUCUGCCAGGUCUUCCAGAUCAUCUAUGGGGACCAGACCAUCGAGUGCGUAGACCGGGCUGGCUUCCACUACACCUCCACCCCCGAGCGCCCCUGGCUCUCCAGCAGGAGUGAGAGCUGCCGCACUGAUGGGACGUAUGGAUACGAUGCUGAUUUCAGCUGCUGCAGCUCAUUCAAUGGCUCCCACGAGACCUUUGAAGCGUAUUACAGUGGGACGUCGUCCCCUUCCUUUCGGGAGUCGCGUGACAGCCUGGCCAGUGACCAGAGCAGCGUGGGACUGGAGCAGCUGCAGGACUACAUGAUUACACUGAGGAACAAGCUUUCCCCCCAGGAGAUCCAGCAGUUUGCGUUGCUGCUCAGGGAGUACCGGAUGGGAAGGUCAGUCCAGGAAUACUGUUCUGAUCUCCUGCAGCUCUAUGGGGACAAGAGGAAGUUUCUCCUUCUGGGGAUGCGGCCCUUCAUCCCAGAUCAGGACAUCGGCUACUUCGAGAGCUUCCUGGAGAGCAUCGGCAUCCGGGAAGGGGGGAUCCUGACCGACAGCUUCGGGCGGAUAAAGCGCAGCAUGAGCAACACCUCCGCCUCCGCCGUGCGCAGCUACGACAGCUGGUCCCUCCGCUCCGAGUCGGAAUCCUUCAACCGCAUGAUCACGGACAUCACCCAUGACAUCGAGGCGCUGGCUCGCGAGGAGGAGGAGGAGGAGGAAGACAACUAUCUGUGAGGGACUCCCACCUCCUCCCCCAAAGGGUGCUCAGUGAUUCACUCUGCGGCCGGGAGACUCCUUGAGACCCUGAAACCUCUUGGCUGAACUCAAAAGGUGCCAGCCCCACCACGUUUCAGCUGAGCUGGGGCUGGUGCCAGCCUGCUGGCUUUUUAACCCUCACCGCUCCAGCUCUGCCUCCUCCUCUCCUCAGCGGUCUUGGACUCUGCAAGGGGCCUGACGGAGGGGGAGACUGGGCUGCUGCCACGCGCUGGACCUUGGCUUCACACACCCCAGUGAGGCUCUGUAUGCACCUUGCCACCUCUUUGAGUGGCUUGGACUGUAGCGCCACGAAUGGCAGGAGGGGACUGAGACCUGCCUUGCCUGGCCGUGGAUUUCUGGAGCAGCAAUUUACUGUUAAACAUUUGGGAUCAAAUUCUUCUCUCGGUGAGGCCAGUCCCCCCGUCCAGGUCUGGGGAGGCUCCACGGGGGGAACUGCGAGCCGAACUUGUCUCCCCUUCAUUAACAAUCACCCAGCAGGAAGAGGGCAGCCGCUGCCCUCCACAUGAACUAGCGAUUCGUCAGCCUUCAUGGGAUUCCCGCAUCGGCACCCAGGGGAGCAGAGACCCUGUGGGGCAGGCGCGGGCCUGUGUUCUGAGUAAUUUGGAACGGAAUUAAACUCCGGGGCUGGCGCUUGUUGUGUGUUAUUGCCCAAGGCACCAGUCACGCUAGGCCAUCAGGGCAAUCCAGUGACCCCAAGCCUGGGAAGGGAAUGGCUGAGUCCCAAGCUGGGCAUGCGAGGGUGAGGAAGAGAGCCAGGGCUCCAGGGUGACACCCCUUCCAGCG